AUGAUGUCCAAAUGCAAGUCUUGUAAUGAUGAAGGGUUUCUGACAUGUCCAUUAUGUCAGAAAACUACGUAUUGUUCUAAAAAGUGUCGAGAUUAUGAUUGGGCUGUUUCUCAUAAAUUUGAAUGCAAAGCAGAACUGCCCAAGAGAAAUGUAUAAGAUUUUGAAAUAGUCAACUAAGGGUCAUUAGGGAGAGGAAGCUUUGGUUGUGUGAAAUUGGCUCGGGAUAGAUAGACAGGUUUAUUGUAUGCCAUGAAAAUAAUUGAAAAAUCAGAUGUCUCUAUAGAAAAUCUAAGAAGAGAGAUUCGAAUAUAAAAAAGACUUUAACAUCCUCAUGUGAUAUAGUUAUUUGAAUUUUUUGAAGACGAACAAUAUGUGUAUUUAAUUUUGGAGUAUGCGGAAAAUGGUUCAUUAUUUGGUUUUCUGAGAAAGCGAAAGAUUUUGCCUGAAAAUGAGGCUUUUGUAUACUUCUUUUAAACAUGUCUUGGAAUAGAUUAUCUGCAUAAAAAAUAAAUAAUACAUAGAGACCUGAAGCCUGAGAAUCUAUUACUUGACAAGGAUGGCAAUAUUAAAAUUUGCGAUUUUGGAUGGUCUGCGGAGAUGAUGAUAACUUAAACAAGAAAUACGUUUUGUGGCACCAUAGAUUAUAUGACACCAGAAAUGUUAGAAGAUAAACCUCAUGAUUAAACUCUUGAUAUGUGGUGUUUGGGAGUGCUGCUUUAUGAGUUAAUUCAUGGUUAGGCUCCAUUUAAAGGUAGAAAUGAUUUUGAAAAAUGUUAAAAUAUUUUAAAGUAAGAAUAAUUUGAAAUUAAAGCAAGUGAUUAAGCCAAAGAUCUAAUUUUAGGACUGAUGAAAAGAGAGUCUAAAGGCAGAUUGACGAUGGACUAAGUAUUUGCACAUCCUUGGAUGUUGGCUAUGGCUAAAGGAUAUCAAUUAGAAAUUAAGGAAUAUAUCUUUGAGGAGAAAAAGAAUCUAGAUCAAUUAAGCAAUAGUCUCAGAUUGGAUACUAAAUUUUCAAAUACAAACACCACAACAACUAGACUGUCUGGCUCAAAUAAUAAAUAAGAAUGUGUUUCAUUAGCAUUUUCUAUGUAUUCUGAUGAAUUGUAGCCUCCUAUAUAAACCAGAAUAACUAGAAGGACUUAACAUACGGUAAGGAAAGAAAGUGGGUUUUUUGAAACCCUUUUUUAAAAUCUAGGCUGCACUAAAAGAAGUUGA